UUGGACGGGACUUGAACUUCGCCAGGUUUGACAGGUGACAGGUGACAGGUAUUGAAUAACCUCAAUAUUUAUUAGUACAAUUUUCUGUUGUCAAUAACAGUAACUUUCUCAUAUUUGAAACAUAUAAUAAGUAUAAAAUAACAUUUCUAAGGCAACUUUUUAAAUUCCUGCGGAAAUUUAGGUAGAAAUAAAGGUUCUCCAGGUGGUAAUGCGCGUUCAAUAAAUAAAGUAACCUCAUCGUCUACGUCAAGUACAGAGAAAAGGAAGAGAUGGCAGAAGACAACCCAACGAAGUCGAGAAGAGACGCGGACGCCGAAAGGAGGGAUAUGGAAAUAAAUUAUUUUAACAACGCUACGCCGAUCUUCGACGAGAUCCUGCCCAAGAAGACUUCUUCCGACUUCUUCGAGCAGUCGAUCCCCGUAGGUCUAAGUCCUCUGUUGAACGUUGCGUCUACCAGCUGUUUGGACGUGGACAUCUCAAGGACAUCCAUGUCGCCUUCGCUGCUGGACACGACUGUCGACCGGGUCGAGCACAACACGUUGAGUGACGCGCACCGGGAUGUCUGGAUACCGUCUGAUCAAACGCGAAAGAUUCUACGGUCCAUCGCGACCUCCGCAGCAGGUAACAGUCACCUGGACCGAGAGAAUCUCACCAUGCCCGGUCUGGCCGUCCAGGGCGACAUGCCGGAUUUGAUUAAGAACGCGUCUAUCCAUUUUCUGGGCGAGGACGAGAACAUUCAUCGGAAUGUGCUCACAGCAUCCGAUGUGACUCAGGACGAACGUGGUCUGAGGAAUCUGAUACAGACUGGUUGCUACCGAGCAGCUGUCAACCUGUCCGGCAGACUGCUGGCCAUCUAUGCCCAAGGUUACGGCAAGAUCAAUCAACCUAGCAAGCACACGCCUCAUUCUCUGCAGCUCUGGUAUACGAGGCUCUCGCUGCUGGUGAAAUUGAGACAGAUGGACGUGUUGGAGAACGAAUCGAAGCCGUUCGGUAAUCUCGAUAAGCCCGACAUGUACUUUACCUUUUACCCGGAAUUGUACGGCACCAGACCCGCAUCCAUGGCAUCGUUCGCUUUCAGAUUACUGCUGGCAGAGAUUCCCUCGUAUUACGACAAGGCGAAACAAGCGUUGGAUAAUUUGUACAAACUCUUAGCAACCGUCCAUCAGAUUAUAGCGAAUUUCCAAGCCGGACUUAGCGGUGAGGGAACACACGCGAAGAUCAGCGAGUCCGAUCAGCGCGAGGCCGUGAAACUGUGGACAGCCAGAAGAACCAGGAUCCUCAUUUCCAUCGUCAACUGUGCCAUCGGUAUGAGAAACUAUAUUCUUGCGAUAGAGAUACUGGAGGAUCUCUGCGAGCUGCCCGAUUGGACUGCGGAGCAGAUAGGUAUCUUGAGGUCGGCCAUAGGAAGGGUGCAUUUGUUCCUCGGCGACGUCUCCGCGGCGGAGAAGUUUCUCGUUCGCGAAGAGAAUAAGGAGGAAAAGACCACGAGCGUCCGAGAACUGGUGGACAGCGGAUUAAUGGCGGUCGCGCAGAAUGCCUUUCAAGAAGCCUACAACUACUUUCAGUCGGCGUCGGCCUUGGAUCCCUCCAACGUAAUGUUGAUCAAUAACAUGGCGGUGUGUUUGUUGUACACCGGUCAGUUGAGGGCGGCCGUAUGGCUGUUCGAGAGUAUCAUCAAUAAAAAUCCAUUGAAGAGUCUGCAGGAACCCAUCUUACUGAACAUGUGUACGUCGUACGAGCUACAUACGACGCACUGUAAACAGCCGAAACUGCAUUUAUUGCGGCAGCUAAAUAGAUACAAAGGCGACGCGGCUGACAUUCAGUGUCUAAAGCUAGCUAUGUAAUAUUAGUCAUGAAUUUUUAUUGUUAAUGUUAAUGUUACGCCUUGAGACCUGAGCCCGUUUAUUCUCUUAGAGAUUGGAAGUUUCGUUGAAUAGUUAAUUCAAAUGUGUACAAAGAUAAUUGUAGGUUUUAAUACGACAGUUAUUUAAUUUGUGUCUUUAGGAGAAUUUGAGAAAAUUAUUCUAAAUUGAAUUCUAUUGUCUUCGAAUUUUAUAUUUAAUUGUAUUAUUAGGGUAAAUAUUUUUAAUCCUUUCUCACAUCUUUAAGAUUAAUUUUCUCAAAUGUAAAUUGAAGACUAUUGUUGUACUUUGAUUUAAAAAAACAAGUUAUAUAUA